AUGUCAGGAUUCUUCGAUGAAAUAAGGAAGAUACCUCCAGUGACAAGGUUUCUCCUUGCUUCCACACUGGCGGUUUCCUUACCGCUCAUGUCGGGACUUGUGUCACCGUAUCCUUUCCUUUUCGACUGGAAUCUAGUAAGAGACCGUUUACAGCUGUGGCGUGGCUAUACUUCGUUCUUCUUUGCUGGGUCCGGGAUAGACUUCAUAUUCAACGUUGCUAUGCUUUACCGUAAUUCCAAUGCGCUCGAGGAAGGGCAAUACGCUCGGCGAUCUGCAGAUUACGCAUGGCAUCUCCUUAUCUCUGCCGUAUCCAUAAUAGCCCUCAACAUCCCUCUUCGAUCUUCUGUACAUUUCCGCCCGCUCUUCGUCGCAAUAACAACUAUUGCAUCUGCUUUUAAUCCAGAGCAGCCCACAUCCCUCUGGGGUCUGAUCACCUUCCCACAGAAGUAUUUCCCAAUUGCACUCGUAGCGUUGGACUUUAUACUCGCGGGUCCACAAGCUGCUGCUGCAUCUGUUACAGGCAUCAUUACGGGGUACGUCUUAUGGAUGCUCGAGUGGAAGGAAACUCCGGGGCGUGUCUUUGGACGAACUCCAGGGUGGUUGCGCGCUAUUGUAGGUGAUGGUGCCGUGAUCCCCCCAUCAGGGGCCACUAGGGGUGGUUAUACCGUUCGGCCGCCAAGAACGCGAGAUGUUCCUGCUAGUUCGACUACUACAGGCUACGAUUGGGGAUCUGGUAGGAGACUAGGCAACGAAUGA